AUGGCUAUCCGUCUACCUCAUAUCAUCAGCUCAAAGAAAGUUCCCAAGGGUUACUUUGCAGUUUAUGCUGGAGAAAACCAGGUUUGUGAUACCAACACAACCAACUCAGUUCUUUGUUUUACAAAUUCAAAGCUUUCUUCAAAUUUUCACUCUCUCAAAGAAAAACAUAAAGGAAAAGCAACGGCAAUUCGUCUUCCUAGUGCGGCAAAGAAUAUCCUCUGCCGAUCUUCUCUAACAAAAAACAACGUAUUCUCAACAUCCUUGGAUGUACCAAAGGGCUUCUUUCCUGUUUAUGUUGGGGAAUCCCAAAAGAAGAGAUUUUUGGUUCCUCUAUCCUUCUUGAGUCAACCUUUGUUUCAAGAUUUGCUAAGUAAAGCUGAAGAAGAGUUCGGGUUUGAUCAUCCAAUGGGAGGUGUUACAAUUCCAUGUCAUAAAGAUGCAUACUUGGAUGUUAUUUCUCACUUGAAUUGAUGUCAAGUGAAGACAACUAACACUGAUUUUGUACAUCGACACAAAGCUUAAUUCAUUGUAAAUAGUUUUUCGUCUUUGUUUUAGCCCAAGACAAAGGCUUUUGACAAGAGGAAG